AUGACAUUCCUCACAGACGUUUUCCACCUGGACCCUGCCCCGGGCUACGAGCACACGCACACCGUCAUUCUCCUCCAUGGCAGAGGCAGUAACGGCAAAGAGUUUGCAGAUGAGUUCUUUGAAUGCGAAGUCUCGGAAGCCCUGGCACAAAUCCUGGCCGAUGGCCCUGAACAACCCAAUAACCCCCUGGACGACACACCAGCGCCACCACCCCCUCGAACCCUCCAAGCCCUGUUCCCAACCUUCAGAUGGGUCUUCCCCAGCGCACCGUCGAUCCCAUCAAAACGUUUCAAGACGGACAUGACCCAAUGGUUCGAUAUGUGGUCUACAGAGAACCCAAACGAGCAACAAGAGUUGCAAGAACCGGGCCUGUUUGAAAGCGUCGACUUCAUCAACCGCCUCAUCGACGGGGAAUCCCACCUGGUGUCACCCGACAAGAUCUUCCUGGGCGGUUGUAAAGCCUUGGCCGGCCUUAUUGGCUACGCUAGCUGGGCCUACCCAGGCCUUUCGCCCUACGAAAUCCCACCAGGUCUUUUUGGCGGCGAUGAUGGCAAGUGGAAGAUAAAGUGUGGUGAUGUGAACUACCAGAUGGCACACACGCCGAUCUUCCUUUCCCACGCCCGCAACGACCCAACGGUUCCGGUGAAAAACGGAAGAGCUCUAUGCAAGGCGCUACACAACGUAGGCUUGAAAGAAGUCGAAUGGCACGAAUACGAAUAUGGCGGCCACUGGAUCACCGAGCCUGAUAGCAUAGAUCAGCUCGUCUACUUUAUUAAGCGCAAUAUGGGCCUCCUGGAAGAUGACUCAAGUUGA